AUGUCGCUCUCCGUCAAGGACAUCAUUGGGCCCGUGCUUGUCGGCGCCUGCCUGUCAUGCUUCGCGUGCGGAAUCACCCUCAGCCUGUCGACGCGCUACUGGGCCCGCUUCCAUGUCGAACGCAUCUGGAUUCGCAUCGCGGUAGUCUUGUCGAUGCUGUUGGCGAUGAUAGACACGGCGUUCAACGGCACUUGGGCGUACAAAUGGACGACCACCUACUACGUCCUCCCCGACAAACUCUCCCUCUUGCCAUGGGAGCUCACGGCCAACUGCUUCGUCAUGUCCACCUCCAUCGUCCUCGCCCAGCACUUCUACCUCUACCGCCUCUUCUCCCUCAGCGGCAAGAACUGGCUCGUCGCUGCGCCCGUCAGCGUCGCGGCGCUCGGUUGUUGGGGCGUCGCGAUUUACAUGGGGUGGUUCUGCUCGAAGCACCCGAACGACAUCGCGGCGUACGCGGACAUCACGAAUGUCUCGUGGGUCUGGUUCGCUGGCGCGUUCGUCGUCGACGCCUACAUCACAGCGGGCCUGGCCUACUACCUCGUCAUCCGCCCGAAGUCGGGUCCUUCGCUCGCUAGCUCGCCUAAAAUCGCUGCGCUUCGAGCGGCGCAAUGCAACGCCUUCGCCAUCCUCUGGCACCUCGUGAUCGUCAUCCUCCACGCGCGCGACAGCAACACCUUCCAGGACACGUACUUCACCUUCUCACUCGUCAAAGUCUACACCGGCUCACUCCUCGCGACUCUCAACGCGCGCUCCCCGCACGCCGAAGGUUCCUUCACCGACCGUUUCCCCUCGCGCACCGGUCACGCAUCCUCCUUCUCCCCUUCGACCUCCUCGCGCCUCAAAGGCUUCGGCACGCCCGCCGGUCCGCCUGUUCAAGUCUCGGUCAGGCAGGAGAUGCAUAUUGAAGCUGAGAGGGGGGAUGAUGAGGAGGUUUUGGGGUUGGAGGGGGUUAAGAGGAAGAAGGAGGGAGGAGCGGGAGGAGGGGAGGUGGUUAAGGUGCAGUUUGCGGGGGCCGGAGAGAGGAAGGGCGCGGACAAGGCGGGAGAGGGAGAUAGCGACGAGUUCUAG